CUUCGACUCGCGGGACCGCGCUCGACAAUGAGACAGUUUUGAGAGGCGCCGGGGACCCAUGGACAUUACUUACAAGAGCAAAAAACGCGUCCUUCAAAUGGAGCGUGUUUUGAAAGCUGUACCGGCGGAUUUAAGAGUAAAAAUGGAGGCUCUUGUGCACGAUUUGACUUUGGCACUGGAGGAGAGCAGCAAUAGCGCGAAUCUCAGACGCAGAUGGGGCAUCAGGAGGAGAGCCCGCUCCACGGGGAAUAUCCCGGCUCUGAGCAUGAACAAACAUUCGGACGACAGUUCAUCUUCUAUCUGUGAAAUUCGCAUUUCGAAGACCGCCAACGUUUCCAAGUAUCAGUCCGACAGCGACGACACGAAUCAGACCAAGCGUUUCGCGCACUUCCCGAACUUGAAUAACGUCAGUAACAUCGAGAGCGACUCGGUGAACGAGAACUUUGUGCCGAGGGCGAACACCAGGCGCAAGAGGAAGUUCAAGAGAAUGGCGAUCGAUUCUGACUCGAACGCGUCCACGUCUCAAGCGGUGGCGAUCAUGUCGACCUCGACGUUCGGCGGAAAGAAGCGCAUCUUCCGGAGCGAUUGUAAAAACAGAUACGGCGCUAUAUGGUGCGGGAAACGUAAGAGAUCCUGCCGAGAACGUUCGAUAGACUGCGAGAUGAGAGUGUCUAAACCGACGAAGAACGCCAAGCCGAAAAAUCGGGACAAGAUGCAAGGCGAGGACACCGUGGAUUGUUCCCGUAUAUCCAGUUCCAGCAUUUCGUCCAGCGACUCGGAGGCGGGUCUCAUUACAAACGACGAGGACAGAGAAGGUGACGACGAACAGUCGGAUUGGAUCGGAGAGUCGAGUUGGCGGGACGACGGAGAGAGCACCAGCGACGACAAGGCCACGACGGAUUCGACCUUCCAGAUGAUACUGCACGGCGAGCACUCGGUUGCGGAGGCCAAGAAAAACUACAGACAGAGAAUACAGCGCAUUCGCGAGGGCCUGAGCGGCAGGGAGAUCCGCGCCGGGCGGCGCCACGUCGACAACAAGCCCGGUUACUCCAUCAUCACGUCGGCCAACGAGAAGGUCUCGCGAUUCCUGCAGGAUCCCACGCAGAGCGAGCUGAAGCUCCACCCUAUGCGGCAGCCCGAGCGCGAGAAGCUGCGCCGACUCGCCAAUUUGUACAGUUUAAGCAUGAAGGGCGACCAGGGCUGUCCGAUUUUAUACAAGACACGGCACACCACGCAGGCCGUGUGCGUAGACCAGGUGUCGUUGAACAGAUUCUCGGACUACAAGAGGCUGCGUAAAACACCGCCGAACUCGCCCAACUCGGACUCGAUGCAGACCGAGGAGCCUCAGAUUUCCAGCACGAGCUUCGGCCCGCAGAUCGUCAAUCAGGCGCCGAGCAAUCUGAGCUCCGUACAGGCGAGCGUCCAAACGUUGUCCUCGUUCGAGUGGGAGAGCGAGAGUAUGGACGUUGAAGUACAAGGAAAGCCAAAGUUUUCUGAUUUUGGACAUUCCAAAUCUAGUUAGAUAUACAUGCAUAUAUAUAUAUAUAUAUAUAUAUAUAUAUACAUAUUUAUUGUUUUCUCUGACGAAUGUGCAUCAUAUAUGUAUAUAUGUAUAUGUGCAAGUUUUUGUAUAAAUUCUCAUGUUAUUAGAAUUGGAGAUGUUCGUAAUAUUCAUAACAGUCGCACAUGACGCACAGAAAUUCGACAGUUGUAUAAGUAUUUGUACCGUAGCGUUUACCCGAUUAAGCUAUUAUUAUUAUAUAUAUAUAAAGUGACGUUGUAAAAAUUGUAAUAUUUAUAUGCAAUGUUAUGAAACUGGGAUAAAUUAUAAUGCAUCUAAGACUAAUGUGGUUCAGAGUCAAAUUCACUCUUGUAUUAAUAUUAUUAAAAAAGAUAGAAGUUUACUUAUAUAUAUAUAACGUGUACAUAAACUCCGUCGCUUCCAUAAUUUACAUCGUUCAACGUUUUAUAUCACAAUACAUUAUAGUACAUAAGUCAUUGUACAAUCAAUGUUUUCUAAUUCCAAAAUAAAACCGUUUUUAAGUCUUGGACAAA